AAUUGUGUGGCGUACAAUCGAAAUACAGCACUGUAACCACGCGCGACUGGUCAUACUUUGCCCUAAAUUUCUGGUUUAUUUUCGUGCACAAACUUUUGAAUGAAUGUCAAAGCGCCAAAGCACCAAAGCACCAAAGCAUCAUCAUGAGCUUUCCUCUGACCAGCGAGCAACUGGCCGCCUGGCGCACGCAGUUCUACAGCGAACCACGGAAUCUGCUCGCCCAGAAUGUGUGCACGAUGCACGAUCCCUUCAAGGUUUGCCUGUGCUCCACGUCGGAAGUGGGACUGCUGGCGCCCAACAAGCAUAAGGUGACGCUGCAGGGAAAGCUGACGAGCGGCGGCCCCGCCUGGAUCACCACGGGACUGAACCUGCUGCGCCUGGAGUUCUCCAAGAGCUUCCCAACGCUGCCCGCGGACUUUGAGUUCUCCGCCGGCCACCUGGUCUACUGGCACAAGGUGGAGCGAUGCAACUACCUGCUGCACGCGGUGGCCGAGCAUCUGACGCGCUGCGAGCCCGUGGAUGGGCGCAAGUUUCGAUACCUGAUGAAGCAUGUCGUGCCGGACGGCGGCAACUGGCAGAUGUUUGUGAAUCUCGUGAAGAAGUACGGCGUCAUGCCCAAGCAGUGCUAUCAGACAACGGGACGCGUGCGCCAGCUGAAUGCCAUACUCAGGAGCAAGCUGCGUGAAUUUGCCAGCGUGCUGCACAAUCGCUUCAUAUUCGAUGGCGAUGGCAGCGCCCUGCCCGCCCUCAUCGUCGAGGAGAUGAUGCCGCAGCUGUACAAGGUGAUCAAUAUCGUGCUGGGCGAGCCGCCGCAGGAGUUCAGUUGGAUGUUCAACGACUCGAAGAAGCGCUACCAGUGCCUGGAGCACUUGACCGGUCCCAGCUUCUACGAGGUGCUGCUGAACAAGGAGCCCGAUCUGGAUGCGAUGGUCUGCCUGGGGCACGAUCCGCGGCUGUCCUCGAGCUACCUGUCCAACUACGAGGUGGAGCUCAGCUCGAAUAUGGUGGGUGGCCAGCGGCAGCGGUACAACAAUCAGUCGAUGGACGUGCUGGUGCCGAUCAUUGUGGCCUCGCUGGCCGGCGGCCGGGCCGUCUGGCUGGUCCACGACGUGCAGACGCAGGUGGAGCGCGAGGGAUUGGCUGACCUUCCGCUGCUGUUUGGCCUGGAGGCGGGCAAGCAACUGAACAAGGCGGAGCGCAUGAUCUACAAGGAGACGCGCCGCAAUCGGGUGCUGCUGCUCACGAAGGUCAGUCUGGAUGCCGAGCAGCAGCCGCUGGAGUUUCGCACCAGCGUGCCCUCGGACACGUGCACGUUGACUGCGAGCCCGCCCGAGGCUAGGGCUAGUCUGCAGAGCGAGGAGGGCAUAAAGGCUCGAUCGCAGAAGGCCAAGGCAUCCCUUUGCAUCAAGACGGACUGGCUGCGGGAAUACGCCUUCGAGAUUGUCGUCCACUCGAGCUUUGUGCCCGAGGAUGUGCUGGGUGCCGCCACCAGAAAGGAGUGCAAAGAGCUGCCUCCCUGGGACAUGAUGGGCGGAUUCCUUGACUGAUUGCUGCCUUUAUUCGAUGCGUUUAAUAAACCCCACGUCCCCGACAAUCACUCGGCCGUCCACAUGGGCUCCAGC